UCUCUCCUCUUUGUUAUUGACAAUUUUCUCUCCGAACCUUCUUUUUCCAUGUAAAUCAGAAGUUUUCCCGGAUCAUUAUGAUCGCCAUAGAUGAUCAGCACGAAGAAGCACCAAGCCAAUCGGAACAACAAGAAGCACUUAUUAUUAGCCAGCAAGUAGAAGAGCUUGACAUUACUGUCGGCCGCUCGAAAGUCGACAGAGAGGACAAUUCCAUCAGCGAGUCGGCUACGACCAAGUCAAAUCAAACUGAGCCGCCGGCGAGCCUCGACGAGGUGGAGGAGAUUCUGAACUACAGAUUCAGGAACAAGAGGUUAUUGGAGGAAGCAUUUACUCACUGCUCGUACCCGAACGCGACCGUCUCGUACAAGCGAUUGGGGUACGUCGGCGACUCAGUACUCAACCUAAUCGUCACACGAGAACAGUACUCAGAUUACCCGGAUUUGUCACGAGCAUUGACCCGACUCCGUGCAGCCAACGUGGAUACGGAGAAGCUCGCACGUGUGGCGAUCAAGCACGAAUUACAUCGAUUUCUUCGCCAUAAGAAGCCGCUCCUUGGGGAACAAAUAGAAGAGUUCAAGAAAGCAAUAGAGGAAUAUCCAUUGCACUCAAAUGGUCUGGUUGUGGUGCCAAAAGUUCUAGCUGAUAUUGUUGAAUCCACCAUUGGAGCUGUUUUCGUUGACUGCAACAGCAUCGAUAUCGUUUGGAAGGUUUUCGAAGAUAUAUUAAAACCGAGAAUAAGUCCGGAAACCCUAAAAAAGCACCCAGUUACAGAACUAUAUGAAGAGUGCCAGAAGCGAAAUCUAAAACUUCGGUUUGUAGACCAAUGGAAAGAGAGUAUGGCGUUUGAUGUAUUCAUCGAUGAUCAACUGGUUGGCAAAGGGAUUUAUGGCCUCAAGAAGGAAAUUGCACUAAAUAGGGCUGCUAAAGAUGCUUUGGUCAACAUUCUGAAAUUUUUUGUAGCUUCCCAAACGUCAUAAGCUUUUUAUCUCUUAUUUCUUCUUGUAUAAUUUUUUUAAAAGAUCAUAAGUUCAAAUUACAUAAU